AUGAAGAGUUAAAGUAUUUACAAAAAAUCAAACCCAAUUAGGUCCACUUGUAUCAAAUCAAUCGAAGCUAAUCAAGAGUUCUAUCUGGCUGUUAUUGAAUAACAAAUGUGUGUAAGUAUUUGUGCAUAUAAUGAAUAAACUGGAGAAGUCUUUGUUACUUAAUUUUUAGACUGUACUUCUUUUAAUAUCACUUCUUCUACUAUUCUAAGAUUUGCUCCUAAAAUCUUAAUCUCUAUUGAAAACAAUGAAAAAAGCAUGUUUUUUAAAUAAUUAGAAGAUGAAUUGAAUGAUACCUUGAUCUAUUUUCUACCUCCUAAUGUAUUACAAAUUAAAUUCGAACUAAAUUAGUUUAGUAAAUUUGUUAAAUAAUUAAAUUAACUAUAAUUAUGCUAUACAGCAUUGUCAUAUACAGUAAAUUAGCAUUUAAACAUUAUGAUUAACAAUUUACCUGUUCAAUUUUAUAACAUAAAGGAAGUCUUAGUGUUUAAUAUUUAAACUACUUUAAGUUUGGAUAUUUUAAAUUAAUUAUAUAAACUCUUCAAACCAAUUACUAAUGGAGGGAAAAGAUUACUCAAAGCAAAUCUACUUUAACCAUUUAGCACUUUACAAAUGAUACUCAUUAGAUAAUAGAAUGUGAAAGAGAUCUUAAGUAAAGAUGAUUCAAUCAUACAAACUUUAAAAUCACAUAUGAUCAAAUUCAAAUAAGUUGAUACUUUAGCUUGUCAAUUAUAAAGUAAAAGUAACAAAUUGUUAGAUCAAUUAUAAUAAAUAUUCAAAAUCUACAAUUUUUAAAAAGAUGUCAUUAAUUUUACACAUUAUUUAAAUGAUUAAAAAUUGAAUACUAUUAUGGAUAUAGAUAUCAAUGGCAUUCUAAUGAGUGAUGAGUUCUAGAGUAUUAAAUAAUAGAUAGAAUAAUAUAUUGAUGUCACAUUAUAAUUGAAUAAUAUUGAAGAGGACACUCUCUAUUUUAUUAUGUUAAAUGAAAAAUCAAAUAAUUUAAAAUAAAAUCGAUUAUAAUUUAUUCAACUAAGAUAGGAAAUAAAUAGUAUGUUCUAAAAAUUAUUGUCCUGCUUUUGUCUAAAUUUAAAAUGUAAGAAACUUAAGGCUAAUGAAAAUUCAAUUAAAUGUUUAAAAAGUGGAUACAUAUUUGAAUUAUCUGUGAAUGAAGCAAAUAGAAAUAAUAUCAAUGAAUUAGAUAUUAAAAGAAUAAUUGAAAAAGAGAAUGAUUCAAUCUCUUUCAUUGAUAAAAAUAAUAAAAAAUAUAGUAUUCUAACUGAAAAACUUAAAGAUUUGAACAUCAAAUUAAAUGAUUGCACUAUGAACAUACUAUCUGAAACCUAACUUUAAGUUAACAAUUUAUAUGAAUAGAUGUAGAAGUUUUGUUCUUGGAUAUUUUCACUUAAUUGUUUAAUCAGUUAAUUUGAUAUUGCACUUUCUAUAAGAGAUUACACUAUUCAAAAUGUAUCAAGUAAGUAAUAGAUGAUCUUUCCUUAAUUUGAUUUCAAUUAAUUUAUUAUUAAAGAUGCAUCUUACUUAUAUUCUGGUACAAAUACACAAGAUUUAUUCAAUAAAUUAACUGUUUCAUUUAAUUAAUUCAAUAUAAUUUAUGACUAUAAGGAGUGCCUAUCUGACUAAUUAAAACUAAUUGGAUAAUACAUUAUACUAUCUCAGAUUGGAUGUACAUUACCCUGUUCAUAAUUCAAACUAUAACUAUUAAGUAGUUUAUACACUCAUUUCCAAAAAUACACCAUUUAAAACUUAGCGGAAAGACAAUCUUCAUUUACUGCUGAAAUUUAAUCAUUAAACAAUCUUUUAGUAUCUGAAUUGUAAGAUUCAUUAAUUCUUUGUGAUUCUUUAGCCAUUUCAUCCUCACAUGAAUCUAAUGUGUCUUUUAGCAUUUCAUUUUUAGAGGCUAUUUUUAAAAAGACCCAUUUUGGUUUAUUUGGAACAUAGAAUUCAGAUAUCAUGCAAAUCAAUGAUCUAAUAUAAUGUAAAUGUAUGAUUUCUAAAAACAAUUAAAUUGAUUACAUAUAAUAAAAUGAAUUAGAAGUAAAUAAUUUAAUUAAUAUAGCAAAUCCUUGAUGAAGAAUUCAAUUUAGAUUAUAAGUUAAAAUUACUUAAUAAGUUACAAUAGACAUUUGAUUUCCCUUCAACUUUUUGUUUGAUAUUUGAAAGAAAUUUUAAUAGGCAAUAUGUUUGA